CCAAGGUGCCAACGCCGGGCAGUCACCAUGGCGACAUCGGCGAAGAGGGCUGUGUACGUUUUCUCUAUCGUUCCUAGACUGGCACAGCUAGUUCAAGAGGCUUUACCAGAUGUUAUUGUGAUCAACAUCAAGCCUGAAGGGCGUGUUGCAUCAGAGCAGACGAAAGCUGUAGAGCAACUCAAAGAGGCAGAGAUCCUCUUGGCAGACAACAACUUUAUUGGAGAGAUAACGCACCUGCUCCCCAAACUCCAGUGGGUCCAAGGAACAUGGGCGGGGGUUGAGGGACUUGUUGACCUUUUCAGGGACAAGCCAAAGCCAAACUUCCCAAUCAGUCGUAUGGUUGGGGAUUCCUUCGGUCAGCUUAUGGCAGAAUAUACAGUUGGUCGUAUCAUAAGUCAUGAGCGAGACUGGUUUGAGUGUCAUCAAAACCAGAUGAAAGGUUUGUGGCUUCAUGAAAAGAAGAUCCAUUACUACCGUAGCAUACAGGACUUGGUUGUUGGAAUACUUGGAAUGGGAAAUAUUGGAAAAGAAGUUGCAAGAUGCCUCAAAGCAUUCCGAUGCACUGUGCAUGGUUACAGCCGCUCAGUCCCAAGUGAUGAGAAUAGAUGUAGUAAUGUUGAUAAAUAUUGGCAUACUGGAGAGCUUUCAUCCCUAUUGAAGGAGUGUGAUUAUGUUGUAAAUAUCAUGCCAUCAACACCUGAGACAAGAGGAAUGCUUGGGGGAGACGUCUUGAAGGUUGCAAAAAAAGGAGCUGUUCUUAUUAACAUUGGCCGUGGAGACCUCUUAAGUGAAGCAGACCUGAUCAGGAGCCUUGAUUCUGGGUGGUUGUCGGGAGCCAUUUUGGAUGUUUUUGCCAAGGAACCUUUGUCCUCAGAAAGUCCCCUCUGGAAGCAUCCCAAAAUUGUCAUCAGCCCCCAUACAGCAGCAACAUUCAUAUAUCGUUCAGAAGAGAUUACCAAAAAAUUCAGUGCAAAUUACAAGCGAUUCAUUAAGAACGAACCAUUGAUUGGGGCAGUCGACUGGAACAAAGGAUAUUAGGUCACAGUAAAGAACUCACUUUUAGGUCUGGCAGGAGCAGAAUUACUAUUGAGCCAUUUAGAUAAGUCAGAAUAUUCUUCAUCAUCAUCGCCCUGUCAGGUUCAGAUGUAUUGUAUCGUGCCUUAAGAUUUAGUCUUUUUUCUCCUUCCUCUUCCUCUUCUUUUUCUUCUGUUGUGCCAGGAUUCUCUCUCUCUCUCUCUCUCUCUCUCUCUCUCUCUCUCUCUCUCUCUCUCUCUCUCUCUCUCUCU